AUGACAUCCUCAAUCCCUCCAGGCCUGGCCCUAAAGGACGCCAAACUCCUCCUCGAACACCCCUACCUCCCAAUGGAAGCAGGAGUAGCACAUACCUCCGACGGAAUGUGUCACGUCGCAGCCUCAACCUACAUGAAAAACUGCACAGGUGCAAUGAUAGAUUGGUGGUUUGGCUGGAUCCACACAACAGACCAAUACCUCCUCUGGCACCCACGCGACCACGUAUAUUCCGACUGGGAAGGUCCACGCGAAAACAACAGUACCUAUAUUGGAGGCCACCACUUGGUACACGAGUAUAUCGGUGGAGAGCUUCAAAAGCUGAAGAUCUCAUUCAAGGACCCGAGUGAGUACUUCGGUGCUGGAUGGGAGGCAGCGUUUAAACAAGCCGGGUACUCGACUGCUGUGUGUGGGAGAACGGGACAAUGGGAUGACGGAAAGAAUGAAGUUAUCUAUAUUGGCCAUUUGAUUCACUUGAUCAAGGAUGAGCCGGAUGGAGUGCGGAUGCGAUCCAGGUUCUGGUUGGGGGAUGUGGAUGGACUCACGGAUCCGGAAAUGAGGAAGGCGGCUGUUCCGUUGGAAUUUGCUACGGGGCUUUUGAAGCAUGCUACUGAGGAAAUGGCUAUUUUGGCUACUGUUUUGCCUGAUAUGUACAACAAACACUCCAACAAGUAA